CACCUCUAUGUUCUUCUCACGCGCUCCGUCGUAACGUCACGUGACGUCAGACAGCAGCAUGGCGGCCAAGGUGCAGCUAACCAAAAGGGCCGACCCUAAUGAGCUAAAGGGCAUCUUUCAAAAGUAUGCCAGUGUGGUGGAUAAGGAUGGAGAGCAGUACAUGACACCCAAUGAUUUUGUGCAGAAGUUUUUGGGCCUCCACACACAGCUCCACUACAACCCUAAAACUGUGCAGCUGCUCGCCGGUGUGGCAGAUACUACAAAAGAUGGACUGAUCUCGUUCCAAGAGUUUCUGGCCUUUGAGUCAGUGCUGUGUGUGCCUGAUGCCCUCUUCAUCGUGGCCUUCCAGCUAUUUGACAAGACGGGCACUGGAUGUGUGUCCUUCGAGAACGUGCGUGAUAUCUUCAGCCAGACCACCGUGCACCACCACAUUCCCUUCAACUGGGACUGCGAGUUCAUCCGCUUGCAUUUCGGCAAUGACAGAAAAAAAAGUUUCAGCUACCUGGAGUUCACCCAAUUCCUGCAGGAGCUGCAGCUGGAGCACGCGAGACAGGCGUUCGCACAGAAAGACAAGGUCAAGAGCGGCGCUGUUUCUGCCCUGGACUUCAGUGACAUCAUGUCCACCAUCAGACACCACAUGCUCACACCUUUUGUGGAGGAAAACCUUGUGUCUGCAGCAGGAGGUGGCACCUCUCACAUGGUGAGCUUCUCCUACUUCAAUGCCUUCAACUCUCUCCUGAACAACAUGGAACUGAUCCGUAAAAUCUACAGCACUCUGGCUGGGUCUCGCAAGGAUACGCUCGUCACUAAAGAGGAGUUUGUUCAUGUUGCAAAUAAGUUUGGUCAGAUUACCCCCAUGGAAAUCGACAUCCUGUUCCAGCUAUCAGGACUGCACUCCCAAACAGGACGAUUAAACCUGGCUGAUAUCGAGAGGAUAGCACCACUGGAGGAAGGAGUCCUGCCUUAUAAUCUAGCUGAGGUGCAGAGACAGCAUUCACAUGCGGAUGUUUCUCGGUCUGUGUGGCUGCAGGCAGCAGAGUCAGCUUACAGAUUUACUCUGGGCUCCAUCGCUGGAGCCACGGGUGCCACAGCUGUGUACCCCAUAGACCUGGUCAAGACCCGAAUGCAGAACCAGCGCUCCACCGGCUCCUUCGUAGGAGAGCUCAUGUACAAGAACAGCUUUGACUGCGCCAAGAAAGUCCUGCGAUACGAGGGCGUCUUCGGCUUUUAUAGAGGUCUUGUACCCCAGCUCAUCGGAGUGGCUCCAGAAAAAGCCAUCAAGCUCACUGUGAAUGACUUUGUGAGAGACAAAUUUACCACAAAAGAUGAUACGAUAGCUCUGGCUGCUGAGAUUCUCGCUGGUGGAUGUGCCGGUGGGUCACAGGUUAUCUUCACCAAUCCGCUGGAAAUUGUUAAGAUUCGUCUGCAGGUGGCCGGUGAGAUCACUACAGGCCCCAGAGUGAGCGCACUCAACGUAGUCCGAGAUCUUGGCUUUUUUGGCCUGUACAAGGGUGCGAAGGCUUGUUUCCUGCGUGAUAUCCCCUUCUCUGCCAUCUAUUUCCCCGUUUAUGCCCAUACGAAGGCAGGUCUGGCAGAUGAGGAUGGAAGGCUGGGGGCUCUGCAGCUGCUGACCGCUGGAGCCAUCGCAGGUGUCCCGGCUGCUUCGCUUGUCACCCCUGCUGAUGUCAUCAAAACACGACUGCAGGUGGCUGCUCGCGCCGGUCAGACGACUUACUCUGGAGUGAUCGACUGCUUCAGGAAGAUCUUAAAGGAGGAAGGAUUCCGAGCUCUGUGGAAGGGAGCUGGAGCUCGUGUGUUCCGUUCGUCUCCUCAGUUCGGUGUGACCCUGGUGACCUACGAGCUCCUGCAGCGAUGGUUCUACGUUGACUUCGGAGGACAUCGCCCUGCUGGUUCUGAACCAACGCCCAAAUCCCGGAUCUCUGAGCUUCCUCCUGUCAGUUCUGAGCACGUCGGCGGUUACCGUCUGGCAGCCGCCACCUUCGCCGGUGUGGAGAACAAGUUCGGACUGCACCUGCCCAAGUUCAAAUCCUCCGGGGUCACGGCCAUUCACUCCAGAAUGCCCAAGGAACAAGCCGACGCUUCGUAAAGUCACGCCCCGCCCACCACGGCCUUGUCCUCCAAUGGCUGCAUGCCUCCCUCCCGCCCGCCCGCCCGCAGUACAUUUGCCUACAUUUUUUUUCUUUCAUUUUAAUUUCAUUCAGUUGAGUUUUUAGGUGGGGGACAUGGGAAAUUAUACUCUCUUUCAGAGUCUUGUUGCUUUAACCCAUAUCAGUGACUCAGUUUUGACGAAGAACACUGGUUAAAGCUCAUAGUUAGUGUAUUUUCUGAAGCACAGGGUAGACGUUUGCCACACUGAUCGAGACCUAAAGCGACACGCGCAGUGAAAAAUCUAACAAGGGCUCUAGAGAAGUUCAUCAGCCACCGAAACGAAAGCUAAAGAGCUUUUCAUGAAACACUCCUGAAAGAGAAACCAUGACAUGUACUGUCAGUUUUGUGUUCCUCUGCUCCCCAAGAUGCACAUUUGCUGCUUUUGAGUUUUCUUCUCAUGAUUAUGAUGUAUUGAUGUGACUGAAGCAUGCUGUAGCGCUCUUCAUUUGCUCAAUAGGCUUUGCGUAGCUUGCACAUGUACAUCUCAUGCACAGAGACGUGUUUCUCUCUCUCUCCGUCACACUGACUGAUGUACAGAGGUUUCAAAACUUGACCGAUUGAUCGGAGAAAUCAUGGUUGACUCAAAUGUAGAAAAUAAUUUAAAUGCAUUUCAUUCUUGUAUUUUAUGGAAAUAAAUCAAUGCGGUUACAUUUUAUUUCUAGUUUGUGAAGGUUUUAUUGAGUUUAUUACUGCAAGUUACAAAAGAGGUCAGUGAUAAAGUGAAUUAGUGAAGCCGUUGGAGGAUCAAACACACGCAAGAUCAACACGCUUGUCCUGGUCAUGUAAAUCAGGGAUCCCACACAUCUGACCAAACAAAAUAAAAAAUGCAUGCUCAAAGCACAGCUUCUAGCUGAGGAAGUAUAUUGCAUAGGGUUAGGCUUGAUUUUUUUUUUGACUUUGCUCAUUGUGCUUUUGAAAGUCCAAUCAUAUUCCCAUCUAAAUUAGGGAAUUUUAACCAAAUAUGAAUAAAUGUGCAUCUAAAAUAUUUUAAAAUACUU